GAGAGAGAGAGAGAGAGAGAGAGAGAGAGAGAGGGAGGAAUCACAAAGAAACAUCCUUCCUGGAGACUCCACACCUCCUCAGUGGCUCUGCUGCACGGGGGCUGAUAGGGACUUUACAUUUCACAGUGUGCUCAAGCGUGUGUUCGAGAGUGUGAACGUUUUGUUACCAGCCCUUCUCCUCACAGCUGAGCAGUUGACCGGCAGACAGACUGAAGCCAUGUCCAGCUCAAUCCUGAGAAGAAACUCCAGCAAACUAGGACUACAGAAUCUCCAGAGGAUAACGGCCCAGAGGAGCGUUGAGGAUGCAGAGGAGAUUGAGCGUGAACGGAGACGAAGGGCCAGACAGGGUUUUGGGGCCCAGAAUGGCUCAGCAGGGUCUGGGGAGACCCAGUACAGCGGUGGAUAUACACUGGAAGACGACGUCUCUGAGAGUGAUUUCAAGCCUUCGCACCAGUCAGCUAUGGAGGAGGACGAGGGGUUCAGUGACUGGACCCAAAGGCUGGAGAAGCGUCGGCAGAAACGCAUGGAGGAGCACGCUAGCUCGACGGAGGAGGACAGGACGGCACCAGCACCAUCACCCAGACAAAACGGCACAACCACGAGACGCACCAGCACCAGCACGAGCGUCUCCAUCCUGAAGUCCACCUCACACAGACCACUGCAGAAUGGAGCAGGAGGUGGGCCACAGGAGGAGGGCUGCAGCUGGAGGAAACACAAGGAGCAAGAGGAGACGGGCCACAGAGACUGGGAGGGAGAGGAGGACCUCAGGAGAACAGGAGCAGAGGCCAAGGUAGACAAAAAGCCGCUGAUCAUAUCGUACACAUCCAAGCUGAUCCUGCAGCACGACGGGAGGCAUAUGAACGGCAAUGGAGCGACAGACGGAGGGGAUGUGACAUCACACAUGACCACAUCCAAGAUCUUAUCAAGGGCUGAGAGUCUUGCAGAGGAUGAUGAGGCAUUCGAGGCCACCCAGGAGCGGGAGGCCAAACUGCAGAGCAUCCGGCUGAGCCACCAGCAGAAGGAGCAGCAGGAGUUAGACGAGCUGAGGCAGAAGGGCAUGGAAGCCCAGGAGGAGCUCGAGGAGCUCAACGUGAGGAGAGAGGAGCGCCGACGCGCCCGCGAGGACGAGGACAGAAGGCGGGAAGAAGAAGAGCAUCUGCGCCAAGCCAGAGAGGAGGAGGAGAGGCAGAGAAUGCGGGAUGACAUCGAGCGGAGGAGGAUGGAGGCCACGGAGAGGAGGAUGAAGCGCCUGAGCACCUCUAGCGUCGAGGAGGAGCCCUUCAGUCCGCUCAGUCCGAGGAGCCCCUCAUUUAAGAAUGAGAAUGAAGAGAGGGUGACUGCAGAAAGCACAUGCUCGAUCACAGAGAGAACAGAGUCUUUGAAAUGCUCACUGAAGAAAAGCAACAGCCUGAAGAGCGCUCAACCCCCCGCACCAAUUGCCAAGAUUGACGACAGACUGGAACAGUACAAUCAGGCCAUUGAGAUUUCCUCAAAGGAAGCCAAAGCAGCCAAGCAAGCUCUUAUGGAGAUCCCCAGCUCCCCUGAGCCUGUGGCCUCAAAGAAGAGCCUGUUUGAAGCAGGAGAUGCCUGGAAGCAGAAUGCCACAAAGACCACUCCAUCCAAAGACGCAGAAGACUUGAAGGUGGGUGUGGCUGACCUUAUCACCAAGUGGGCACAGGGCAGCUCAGACGGGAGUGUGAAGACCUCGCCCUCGAAGGCAGCGGAAGUGAAGCCUGGUGAUGUGUUGAACAAGAAGAACAUCUGGGAAAAUCUAGGAGACUCACCUGGAAACUCUGGACCUGGAGCAAAAGGCAGUCCUUGUGGCAAGAAAUAUAAAUUUGUCAAGACCCGGCAUGGCAAAUAUGAAAAGAUUGCAGUUGAUGAUGACUACACAUUUGAGAAAUCAGGUGAGGACUUAUGAGAGACCAGCUGAGAAGCAGAUUCAGAGCAUUCAAAGACAUUGUGACAAUUCUCUCACAUUCACCCAGUUAGGAUAUUAGACAUCCUUUUUCAACAUUUCAUAUUUUCCUUUGUCAUUCUUUAUCAUUUCAGUAUUUCCUAUGUACCCUAUGAUAAUGCCAAUCUAUUCUCUCCUUUAAAUAUGUUUUGCAUUGUUGUCAAUAUAUUUGUUUUGUAUUUAUGAUUACAGUGUUAUGAUUAUUUUGUUAUUGACCCAGUUCCAAUUUCAGUCAUUCCAUGUUAUCAAAACACUGAAGAGACUAUCGUGGUUUUAAGUCCCACACCUCCUUCAGAAAUAGAUUUAAAAACAGAAUUGGGAGCAAUAAACUGGGAAUAAGCAUGGAUUGUUCUUCAGUAUGUAAUUGUCUGUCUGAAUGCCUGCAAUGUUUUAUUAAUGUGAAUCGACAGCUAGCUGCAUUUAUUUUGUUUUCAUUUUGCACUGCAUGUGGCUUUCAGGAACAUAGGCCAAGAGGUUCUGUCACAAUGAUAAAGACUUGCUUUGACUGCCUAAGCAUUUUUAAUGUGUCAUACACGUUCAAAACCACCUUAAAUAUAUACAAUACAUUGUAGUAAAGUGGUUUUAAGUAAUUGAGUGGAAAAAGUAUGCUAGAGCUAAGAAAGAAGUCAUCCAAGCCAAGUGAAAUUAACCUUGUGUAUUUAUAGAGGGUUUUUGCUUGGGUAAAUAUGUAGUCCUAUUAUUAUUACGUUUACAUGGGCUGGCAUUGCUAAAUAUAAUUGGUCUUACCAAUGUCCUUACUCGUUGAUCAUCGCAUUACAGACAUUAAUUUCCUAUUUUCUUUUAGCAUUUUCAUUCAAAGCUAAAAGAUGCCUGAAAAAAGUUGUGAAUUUGGAUCAAUUAUGAAAAUAGCACAUAAAUGAUGUUUAAUACA